UUGUGGAGAAGCUACAGUGCACACCCGCCCCCUCCCCUGACCGUGAUGUGCAGCUCUGGGCAGUGGGGGAGGGUCCCAUCCCAGGGGCCCCUGACUGCCUCUCGGAGCUGCAGUUCUGUCAUCUAAAUGGGGCUGGGAAAUAGGGCUUCCCUCCAGGGUCACUGGGGCAAUCCAAUGAGCCUGGCACACAGCAGGUGCUCAACAACGGUGACUUCCCGGCCCUUCCUAAGGAUAGCCUUAAGGUGGCGAAGGAGGCCAGGAGAGAUCAAACAGCUGUCCAAGGUCGCGCAGCCGCGACAGAGAGGGAGAGGAGGCCGAUCCUCUUUGAUCCUAAAGCAGCCUUCCUUGUUCAGUAGCCACGGUUUUGCGAGGAGGAAUAAUGGCAGCCCGGCCCUGCUCCAUAAGCUCUUCUCCCAGCCUCCGCCGCGAGAGCGUGGCCCAGCCAGAGGAGGAGGAGGAGGCGAGCCCAGAGGAGGCCACCGAGGGCGAGCGGCCCGGGGACGAGGAGUCGGAGGAGGCCGUGUACCUGGCGGAGCUGCCCGAGGCGCUGCUGCUGCGCGUGCUGGCCCAGCUGCCCGCCGCCGAGUUGGUGCAGGCCUGCCGCCUGGUGUGCCUGCGCUGGAAGGAGCUGGUGGACGGCGCCCCCCUGUGGCUGCUCAAGUGUCAGCAGGAGGGGCUGGUGCCAGAGGGCUGCGGCGAGGAGGAGGAGCGCGAUCACUGGCAGCAGUUCUACUUCCUCAGCAAGCGGAGGCGCAACCUGCUCCGCAACCCGUGCGGGGAAGAGGACUUGGAGGGCUGGUGUGACGUGGAGCAUGGUGGGGAUGGCUGGAGGGUGGAGGAGAUGCCCGGAGACAGCGGGGUGGAAUUCCCCAAGGAUGACAGCGUCCAGAAGUACUUCGCCUCCUCUUUCGAGUGGUGUCGCAAGGCUCAGGUCAUUGACCUGCAGGCUGAGGGCUACUGGGAGGAGCUGCUGGACACCACCCAGCCGGCCAUUGUGGCGAAGGACUGGUAUUCGGGUCGCUCUGACGCCGGCUGUUUGUACGAGCUCAGCGUGAAGCUGCUGUCGGAGCACGAGGAUGUGCUGGCUGAGUUCAAUACCGGGCAGGUGGCAGUGUCCCCGGACAGCGAAGAAGGCGGCUGGACCGAAAUCUCCCACACCUUCACCGACUACGGGCCAGGCGUGCGCUUCGUUCGCUUUGAGCACGGCGGGCAGGACUCCGUCUACUGGAAGGGCUGGUUCGGGGCCCGAGUGACCAACAGUGGAGUGUGGGUGGAGCCCUGAGCAGCCCGCUGUCACCUCCCCGGCCGCGGUGGACAGGCCUUAGCGUAGUUGGUAGCACCCUUGCCUUGCCCGCUCCGGUGCCGCGCGUGCGUCGUGCGCACGGGCACAGCUUGUAGAAUGCGCGCUGCGGGGCGCGGGUUGUGCCGACCCCGCACCUUCCUGGGCAGGGACUGCCACCCGUCCGGCGCGCAAUAAAUGUUAC